CUCUGAUAUGCAAUAGGUUCUAACAUAUACAGUGACCCUUUCGACAUCGUAAUUAGUUCUUAAUUAACUGAUUGAUUUCCUUUUUUAGGUCAUUAUUAAGACUAGUUAGCUGAGGCAACUGAUUCAUAAUGAACCCUGCAAAGCUCCAGCUGGAUGAGGAUCGUCAACAUUCAGUUAGGAGAGAUCAGAUGAUGAUGAAUGGCAACCGCCCCUCCCCAUUGAAGAUCAGCAAGGCUUCCUAUCUCAUUCAAAAACCUCCCAACAAUAAUAAUUCCUCUUCCCGCAUGGCCAAUCAACAACAUCCCCAUGAACACCAACAACACCACCAGCAACAGCGGCAGCCGGUGAUCAUUUACACCCAAUCUCCCAAGAUCAUCCACACGCAGGCACGUGAUUUCAUGGCUUUGGUCCAAAAGCUCACCGGCCUCGACCAAACCCAACAACCUGAAUCUACUACUACUACUGAUGAUCAUGUUCAUGUAAAGGUGGACGCUUUGUCGUUGUCGCAGGGGCGAAGAGAUCAAGAUGACCAGAUCAUCGACAUUAACAACAUGAAUAGUACUGCAAGUAACUCUAUAAUUAGCAGCUGCAGCCAUGAUGACAAUGAUCAGUCGUCUUCGGGUCUCACGGAUGAGAAUUGUGAUAAUAAUAAUAACAAGAAUGUUGAUGUUGUUCAUCAUCAAGGAAACAAAGGCAGCUCAUUGUCGUCUUGUGGAUAUUAUCCUCCCAAUGCCAUGUUCAGCCACCCAAGCCAGCCCUAUUUUGCAGACAUCCCUCUGUUCACGCCAACUUCGACUUCUUCGACCGAUUUCUUCUGCUCCCCUCGCCCUCUUUACAGAUUCUCAGAUUCCUCGUCGCAUGCGUCUCCCAAUGUUAACGUGGGUGGUUCCAUUUCUCCUUCCAUGUUCAAGUUCAUCAAGGGACUCACAGAGUAUUGACAUCAUUCAUUCAUUCAUAAGCAGCAGCAGCAGCAGCAGCAAACUUUGAUUUAUUGUUUAAUUGAUUCGUUAAUUGUCUGUUUAUUUUUUGGAUUUUAUGUCCAUUGUCCAUAGCUGAAUUAAUAAUUGAUUCAUUGGCUCUUGUUUUCU